AAAAGACAUAAAAGGGCAGUUGGGCAUAGCUGGUGAGUUCGGCAGAGUGCGAACCCGUGAGUCGCUCUAAAAAAAAAGGCCUGAGUCGUUGCUCCACUUCCAUCUUCUUCUCGCCUUGAAUGGAUUCCCCACCACGAUGAACUUCUAUAUCUCCACCACCGGCAUUAAGAAGCUCACGAUUUCCAACUCCGCCGCUCUCAAGCCGCCGACGCCGCCUCCUCCGCCGUCCACAGCGCCUAAUCGUAGAAUCUACACUCGCUCAAUCUUGCCUCUCCUCCUCACUCUCGCAAUUGUUCUCCCGUUCUGUUUCCUUCGGAUCGCCUUUUUCGUCCUCGAAUCCGCCGCCGCGUGUUCCUCCUCCAUCGACUGCUCUGGAUGGACGCUUUUCAGCGGAAAUGACGACGCAUCUUCGAGACUGAGCGAGGAAUUCUUAAGAUUAAUGGUGGAUUCAAAGGAAAGUGGGUCUGUGGGGAGUGGCGAUGGAGAUGGAGUGGGAUCCUUCAACGAGCUUGUCAAAGACAUGAUUUCUAAACCACAGGACAUGAGGGCCUUCGCAUUCAAGACUAAAGCUAUGCUUCAAGCUAUGGAACAAAAGCUCAAAUCUGCCAGAAAACGUGAAUCUGUGUAUUGGCAUUUAGCUUCACAUGGCAUUCCAAAGGGCCUUCAUUGUCUCUCUCUCAAACUAGCCGAAGAGUACGCUGUUAACGCCAAAGCUCGAGCUCGUUUGCCACAGCCUGAAUAUGUUUCUCGCCUUACCGACCCUUUCUUUCGUCACGUCGUUCUCUUGACCGAUAACAUCCUCGCCGCUUCUGUUGUUGUCUCGUCCACCGUUCGGAACUCGGCCGACCCUCAAAAGCUGGUCUUUCACAUUGUCACUGACAAGAAAACAUACACCCCAAUGCACGCCUGGUUUGCAACCAAUUCAGUUCAUGAUUCUGUGGUGGUUGAAGUUAAGGGACUGCACCAAUUCGACUGGUCCGAGGAUGUCAACAGCAGAGUUCACGAUAUGUUCGAGAUUCAUCGCUCGAUCUGGAAGCGUUACUAUAAUGAUUUCAAAGAAGCUAACUUCGGGUUUGAUGGGGAAGAUCAAACACAAUUAGAUGUUCUUACCCCCACCAGUGUCUCCCUCUUGAAUCACCUCCGCAUUUAUCUUCCCGAGCUGUUUCCAGAUCUGAAGAAGGUCGUGUUCUUGGACGAUGACAUUGUCGUGCAACAUGAUAUGUCCUCUUUAUGGGACAUGGACCUUGGUGGCAAUGUUGUUGGCGCUGUCCUUGAUUCUCCCUGUGGCGAUGGUUGUUGUCCAGGAAGAACAUACAGCCACUACCUGAACUUCUCCCAUCCUUUGAUAUCAUCAAACUUCGAUCCCGACCGCUGUGCGUGGCUCCACGGCAUGAACAUUUUCGAUCUCGAAGGGUGGAGAAAGAUGAACAUCACAUCCAAAUAUCACCAGUGGCUCAAACAUAAUCUCAACUCUGGAUUGUCAUUGUGGCUUCCAGGGGAACUGGCUCCAUCCUUGAUGGCUUUUGAGGAUCAUAUGUAUCCCAUUGAUUCAUCAUGGCAUGUGGCUGGAUUAGGUGAAAGACCCUUAAAGAUAAUAAGCAAGGAGAUCCUCCAAGACGCUGCAGUCGUUCAUUUCAGCGGUCCAGCCAAGCCGUGGCUCGAGAUCGGGUCACCAGAGGUACGAAACAUAUGGCAUAAACAUGUAAAUUUCUCAAAUAAGUUUAUUAGAAGAUGCAGAAUAAUGUAGUGAGGAGAAGGAAGUUGCCCUAGUUUAGAACUAAAACUAUUCAUUUAUGUGGUCUGAGAUAAGAGGGAAGAAGGCUUAGCCCGCCUUCAGCCUCUUCGGAUUAAUCUCGACAAAAAUAUGAUAGCAAUAGAUUCAGAGUUUUAGAGGAUAUAUGUUGUAUAUUAUUUUUUGA